GUUUAUAAGCAGACGCUUGCGUGGCUGGCUUUCCUCUCUCGUUAGGGGAUGGAUGUGACUGCCGAGACACCGGUCCACACUCUGUGAAUUGGAAACUCGCGAGCAAUCAGGAAAAUCUCUCUGCGAACCAGGCGCCGCCGCUGGGUGUUGCCAAAGUUGCUGAGUGUCCGAUUUUUAUCUCCCGAGCACAUCUGAGCCAGUUGUAUUGGGUUACAUACGGACAGGAAACCACUUGUCUGAGCAGCCCCCGUAUAGGUGGAGAAGAUGGUUGUGGUCAACAAGAUUUGCUGUAUUGGGGCUGGAUAUGUUGGGGGCCCAACGUGCAGCGUCAUUGCACAGAUGUGUAAGGACAUCACCGUCACCGUAGUGGACAUCAACGCCGAGCGGAUUAAGGCCUGGAAUUCCAACCACCUCCCCAUCUUUGAGCCGGGCCUCCAGGAAGUGGUGGAGAGCUGUCGAGGGCAAAAUCUCUUCUUCUCUACUGACAUCGACAGUGCAAUUAAAGAAGCUGACCUCAUCUUUAUUUCGGUAAACACCCCAACAAAGACCUUUGGGAUUGGGAAGGGCCGGGCCGCGGACCUGAAGUACAUCGAGGCCUGCGCCCGGAGGAUAGCAGAGGUGGGCAACGGCAGCAAGAUCGUGGUGGAGAAGAGCACGGUGCCAGUGAGGGCCGCUGAGAGCAUUCGCAGGAUAUUCAACGCCAACACCAAGUCCAGCUUAAACCUCCAAGUGCUCUCCAACCCCGAAUUUCUGGCUGAAGGCACAGCAAUCACUGACCUCAAGAAUCCUGACAGAGUUCUCAUUGGCGGAGACGAGACACCAGAAGGUCAAAAGGCCAUUCUGGCCCUCAAGAGCAUCUACGAGCACUGGGUGCCGGAGAACAAGAUUAUCACAACCAACACCUGGUCGUCGGAACUCUCAAAACUGGCUGCCAAUGCCUUCCUCGCCCAGCGAAUCAGCAGUAUUAACUCCAUCAGUGCCUUGUGUGAGGCAACAGGGGCUGACGUGGAAGAAGUGGCCCAUGCCAUCGGCACAGACCAAAGGAUUGGAAGCAAGUUCUUAAAAGCCAGUGUAGGCUUUGGGGGCAGUUGCUUUCAGAAAGAUGUCUUGAACCUGGUUUACCUCUGCGAGGCGCUCAAUUUGCCAGAAGUGGGCAGGUACUGGCAACAGGUAAUCGAGAUAAAUGACUAUCAGCGGAGGAGGUUUGCCGCCCGGGUAAUUGGCUGCCUCUUUAACACAGUUACCGACAAGAAGAUUGCGUUGUUGGGAUUUGCCUUCAAGAAAGACACCGGAGACACAAGGGAAUCUUCCAGCAUCUACAUAUCCAAGUACCUCCUGGAUGAAGGAGCCAGGCUACACAUCUUUGAUCCGAAGGUGAAGAAGGAACAAAUUGUUCAAGACCUGAGUCACCCCAGUGUUUGCGACGAUGAUCCUGACAGGGUGUCUCGGUUGGUCACUGUCUCGUUGGAUCCGUAUGAGGCGUGUAAGAAUGCCCACGCGAUUGUCAUCUGUACAGAAUGGGACAUGUUCAAGGAGCUGGACUAUGAGAGGAUCUACAAAGCAAUGCUUAAGCCAGCGUUUAUCUUUGACGGUAGGCGUAUAUUGGACAGUCUUCACGAGAAGCUCCAGCAUAUUGGUUUCCAGGUUGAAACCAUCGGAAAGAAGGUGACCGAGAGGAUACCCUUCACUGCAAACAAAGACAUCUCGAGGAUUGAUUUGCAGGCUCCUGCUGCUAAGAAGCUAAAGAUUUAAUGUACCCUGUGACAUUCACGAGCAUUUUAUAUGCUGAAUAUGUCCUUUUUUUAUAUAUUUUAAAUCUAUAUCUAUUGUACUCAAAGCACUACAUGUAACAAAAUUCAGUGCAGUUUCUAGAUAGCUCUUUUUAAAGAAUUAAUUAAAGAUUUUGCCAAUUGAAAUUGCUCCCCGCUUCGUUCAGAAAGGGCUUAUUUAUUCUCAAGGUAUCUGAAAGUUUAGAAUAUGUACUGGUUAAAUAAACCUGGUCUAAACCAUGAGACCAUUACCAUCACUACAGAAGCUGUUCUGAAUCUUUAAUCAGAACACAACGAACAAGAGAGGGUUCCCCACCUCUGAGGAGGUGUACAUUCCUCCCCAUUAACGCGUGUGUUUCCUCUGGUGUUGCCGUUUCCUCCCACAGUCCAAAGAUGUAUGGGUUAGCAGGUUAAUUCACCAUUGCAAAUUGUUCUGUGAUUCGGCUAGGGUUUAAAAGGAUGGGUUGCUGGGUGGGCCAGAAGGGUGUGUUCCAUGUUGUAUCUCUAAAUAGAUAGAUAUUUAAAUAAAGAAUGUGUAGAGAGUAACUCCUUGUGCACGGUCUAACCUGAACGGUCACAUUGUCCCUUUCCAUCCAGUGAUGCUGCCCGACCCCAGUUCCUCCGGCGGCUUCGUUUUAGCUCCAGAUUCCAGCAUCUGCAGGCUUUUGUGCCUCUUUUGACAUGUCUUACCAGCUGUCUGUUAGCCGGCUGUGUGCCGGCAUUGGAGAGGGUCCAGAGGAGGUUCACGAGUAAAAGGGUUAACGCAUGAAGAGCAUCUGAUGGCUCUGGGCCUGUACUCACUGGAGUUUAGAAGAGGGGAGAUCUUAAUGCAACUGAGAGGCUUGGAUAGAGUGGACGUGGAGAGGAUGUUUCCUAUAGCAGGGAAUCUAGGGCCAGAAGGCACAGCCUCAAUAGAGGGACAUCAUUUAGAACAGAGAUGAAGAGGAAUUUCUCUAGCCAGAGGGUGGUGAGUCUGUGGAAUCGUUUGCCUCGGGCGGCUGUGGAGGCCAGGUCACUGGGUAUAUUUAAAGUGAAUGUUUGAUAGGUUCUUGAUUAGUCAGGGUGUCAAAGGUUACGGGGAGAAGGAAGGAGAAUGGUUUGAGAGGGACAAUGGGAAUGGCAGAGCAGACACAAUGGUUUGUGCCUUACGGUCUGUCUCUUUCGUCAAACAACUAUGCUGAGCUCUGAUUGUGGAAUUGUGAUCACAUGGCCUCUCUCAUCCAAUCACCUCUUUGUCCCACCCCCUAACUCCUAUGAUUGGUCACUGCCAUGUCUCCACAGUUCCAACUGAGACUAGUUGAAUGUCAAAUAAAAGUGGCUGGUUUGAUGGCACAUUGUCUUCCUAAGACCGAGUGGUUUAAU